AUGGCGGCCUAUCCGGAGAGCUGCGUGGACGCCACUGUGCUGGACAUCGUGGCAGACCUGUCCCUGGCCUCCCCUGGAGGCCCUCUCCUCUGCGACUUCGCACCUGGGGUCCCCUUUGGGGACCGAGCCUUUGCAUUCCGAGAGGUAAGACCCAGGAGGCUGGCGCGCUUUGAAGAGGGGGACCCCGAGGAAGAAGAAGGCGAAGUAGACGAGGGGGACGAGGAGGAGGAGGAGGAGGAAGAAGAAGAAGAGCGCGGGAGAGGCGCUUCCCUGCUGGGCCGCCCCAAGAGGAAAAGGGUGAUCACCUACGCCCAGCGCCAGGCCGCCAACAUCCGCGAGAGGAAGCGAAUGUUUAACCUCAAUGAGGCCUUCGACCAGCUGCGGAGGAAAGUGCCCACUUUUGCUUAUGAGAAGAGGCUGUCGCGGAUCGAGACCCUGCGCCUGGCCAUUGUCUACAUCUCCUUCAUGACCGAGCUCUUGGAGACCUGCGAGAAGAAGGGAACUGGCUGA